AAAAUUCAAAGUCAUCAGUAUCAGAGUAAGGAAGGUUUUAUUGGUGAUAUACAGCUAAUCUUAGACAAUAGUAUCAGAUAUAACGGCAAGGACCAUGCCUUUACAACUACAGCAAAGAAAAUGUUAGAUGUUUGUAUGUCUGCCAUUCAGGAGAAUGAGGAGACAAUCACACAGUUGGAGAAAGAUAUUCGAGCAGCUCAGGAGGCAGCACUGGAGGCCGCAGAGUCUGAGAGUGUUGUCACUGGUACAUCUAUUACACAUGAUGACUACACUCAAGGUUUGGACAAUGAGUCUCUAGAUGGCUACAGUACUACUAAAGAAGGUGUAACAAUAAAGGAAUAUACUGAGAUGGAUGAUUCUAAUGCUGGGGUUACACAAGAUUCACAGCCAUACUUCCAGGGAGUCAGUAUGUCUGACUCUGAUUUUGUGGAUAUUGAAGGAGAUGAGGAUUCUUUUAGCAGGAAAAAGUUAAAGAGGGAAGUGAAACAAGAGGAUGGAGAUGGUGACCUGGAUGAAACACCAGACAGAAUGGAGGCAGAAAAUGAUAUCCUUGGUAAAUUGAGUGAUGAUUCGGAUGAUGAAAAGAAUACCCAGGAUGAUGUAGAACAACAAGGGUACACAUACAUGGAUGAUGACCAAAGUUAUAUGGAAGCUGCUAACUCACAACAAUAUCAGGUACAACCACCACAGAUUGAUGAUGAGAACAGCUUUGAUCCGUCCGAGUUUUUCCGUCACAGUGCUCUUGCUAGUCAAGCAGCGGCAGUGGAAGAACAGAAUCAAUUUGAUGACCAACAGGAAACCAUGGAUACUGAUCUCAACAAUGACCUUGAGAUAUCCGAGUCAGAGAGUGAGAAUGAAGGUCAGGGAGACACACAGGGAGAUGACUCUAACGAGGGUUUUGAUAUUGAAGAAUUCCUGCAAUAGAAAUUACAGGUGUUUCAUCUGGAAGUGUAAAAGAAGCUUGUAUAGAGGAUGUAGAACAAAUGUAGAAAAGGAAAUUGAAUGAAAUUCAUGGCAACAGAAUGUGGAACAUGAUAAAAUUUGUCGGAAGAGUUGAGGUUAUAUUGCAUGAGGAUAUGAGGGAAUUAAAUAAGUACAAUGAAUUCAGUAAUAUAUUGUACAAUGCUUCCUAAUUUGUUGAAACAGCUGGUAUUGUUGAUGACUUAGAUGAUUAACUGUGCUCUGAUAAAGUGCUUAUUAUUGAUAGAUUAUUGAUUGAAUAAUUUUGCUCUGGAAGCAAAAAUGCGUUAUUGUGGAAGUAUUUGAUUGAAGGUUUAAAAUUUUUCUAUAAUAUACUGCUGUUUGUAACAGUCUGGAAAUGUGCAGAAUUUGUGACCGUUCUUUUUAAGUGUGAACAGUUCUUUUACCUAAACAGAGAUUGGAAGGUGGUGUUGAGGGACUUGGAAUAUUAGCCAUGAAAGUGUAACUAUUUGUACAUUGGACUGAUAUAAAGAUUUACAAAUAUACGGAUUACACAAAGGUUCAGACAGUUUUUAUCAUAGCAGUGUGCGGAAUAGUGUUUGUCAUGCAGUUCUGAUUGACAUGGUCAGACAAAGGUAAAAACAGUGAUUAUUUAGAGUGAAAAUAAUCAAAUAUAAGUACAAGUAUGUGUUCAAAUUAUUGAAACGGAUCUCAAAGCCAAAAGUUUAUGUCAAUAUAAGCUGGAUUAUUGUUUAAAUUUGCAAUACUCAUUGCAAGUAGCUAUAUAUAUGUAAGAAGUAAAAGUGCCUUCAACUUACUUGGUACAUUUUAAAACUUAACUGUUAGUGCUGAAUAGAAUAUGGUUGAUGAUAAUGUUGAAGUGUCAUGUGUAAAUAAUGAGGUGUCAUGUGUAGAUAGAUAAUGAGGUGUCAUGUGUAGAUAAUGAUGUGUCAUGUGGAACGAGUGCAAAUUAAUCUGUGUUUAUGCUGAAUUAAGUUGUUUUUUUUCCACAUGGAAUUUAGUGACGUAACAUUGGAAUUUAUUUGUCACAUUUGACUAAACUUAUUUUGCAUAACAUUGUUAAGUGUAAAUAAAUCAUGAUGACAAGAUUGUUUUUGAAAUGAAUGUACCAUUGAUUAAUGACUUUAGUUCAUUAAUUGAACAUGUUUAAUUAAUUGUGAUAUAUUCACAUAGAUGAAAAAUAAAGAAAAGUCAUUAAAGAC